CUAUCAGUCGAGGAUUUUUCCUAUGCUUGUGCGUAGUUCAUGCUAUAUGUCAAUGGGAGAAACGAAGAAAAUUAUGAUUGUAAUAUUUGGGUCUUGUUAUAUAGCACAUAAAUCUACUGCAUCAUAAGUCAAAUGUUAUAUUUGGUUUUUAGAUAUAUCAGCUAUAUCGAAUAGCUUAAAGAAAGGGGGGAAUCGAUCGAUUUCAUUGGCUGAUAUAGGUUAUGAUUUCAUUUUCAUGUGGGUUUACAGCGCGACGUAGUGUCGAUGCAUGCGAAGCGUAAAGUUUUAUUGUUUUAUGAGCAAUGCUGAUCUGUGUUCGGCGAGCAUUUUGUAAGAAUGGUUGAGGAUUGCUGAAAAUUGACGGAGUGGAAUUGUGAAAACAAUCUACAUGUAGUUGCGGCCGCGCUAGUGGAGUGGCGCAGUGCUUUGAGAAACAUUGUAUACUGGCGAAUGUCACAAUACAACGAUAGACGACCAUUAUAGUUACGUUUCUGAAUUUUUACGAAUGACAGUGCUCUCCGGCAUUAUUACGGUAGUAAAGUUGUUCGCAGGGUGGUUUUGCGGACCAGGCCAAGUAAGCCAAGUGGCGUUCCACAGUGAGCAGGUGUUCCUGACGUCACGAAAUAGUGUUAAUGCUCAUUUUUUUGCAAAAUGUGGCUGUAUUAAUAAAGAAUCCUUCGUAACAAAAUUGAGAUCAUUAUCGUGAUACAAAAAUACCAAUCGGAGGGUGUGGUGCGCGUCACGAUUUUCAAAAUUUCUCAAAAGCUGCUAUUUAUCCCUUGAACAAACAUGUUAAAAGGCAAACCUCAUCAUCACGUUGACAGCAGCAUUGUUGCCGUAAAGAGCAAGUUUGACGCUGAUUUUAUAAGAUUCUCCAUCAAUCGUAAUGAAUCCAUAAGCUACGAAGACUUCAGGAAGCUUUUGGCAGAGAAACAUGAUAUUGGUCAGGAUUUGAAUUUUCUGAUUUGGUAUACCGAUCCAACCGAUGGAGAUUUACUUCCAAUUAAUAAUGACAACAAUUUAGCACGAGCAUUACUUGCUGCAAAACCUCUUCUUAGAAUUUUUAUACAGAGAAAAGGGGACGGUUUGGAGGACAUGAAUGGUUAUGCGACAGUUAAGCCAAAAAAUUUAAUAUCAAGUAUUUUAGGCGGAACUCCUGGAAAACCAAAAUCACUCGCUAUAUCAAAUCCUCACGACUUUAGGCAGGUUUCAGCGAUAAUUGACGUGGAUAUUUUACCAGAAACAUGCCGUCGCGUACGUUUAUUGAAGCAUGGAUCAGAUAAGCCUUUAGGAUUUUACAUUAAGGAUGGUGAAAGCUACCGACCACUGCCACCCUCGGCUGGUGGCGGCAUCGAGAAGGUUCCAGGCGUAUUUAUUAGUAGACUUGUUCCUGGCGGCCUGGCUGAAAGCACGGGCCUCCUAGCAGUGAACGACGAGGUUCUUGAAGUUAAUGGAAUUGAAGUUGCUGGAAAAACACUCGAUCAGGUUACUGAUAUGAUGAUCGCCAACUCGUCGAAUCUAAUAAUAACAGUGAAGCCUGCAAAUCAACGAGCAGCAUUGGCAGCACCACGACGUGGUUCCUUCUCCCGCAACAGUCAAUUAUCAUCGGGAAGUCACCAGUCAACGCAAAGUGCUGCAACUGGCAGUGACGCAGAUGAUGAUGCGGAUGAGAUCGUCGAUUUGACAGGUGUCACGUUGCACGAUGAUGCAUCCACAUCAGCAGGGCAUCACUUGCACCACCACCAUCAUCACCACCACCACAAUCAUUUUAGUCGCGAUCAAGGCGUUUUACAUCUCUAAUCAUAAUGAUUUAAAAGAAUGCUCCCGUUAAUCUGAUUCAAAAGAAUGCACCACGUCGAAAGGAGAUGUUAGGAUAAUCGUUGAUAAUAAGAAAUUAUACCUUUGGGUCGAGUGACCUCCUUUACAUUUCAUUUCUUUUUGUUUUUCUUAUGUAAGGGAGAAAAUCUCAGAAAAAUUUUGAGAUUUAGUGUUGAUCCCCAUCGUUUCUUUCGAUGCAUUUAUAGCAUUUAGAUUUUCGUAUUAUGCACGCGAGUUAAAACAAUACCUAAGAGAAUAGUGCCUUCGAAUAUUUCGUAUAAACUGAAUUCGAAUAUACAUCCUAGGCAUAAUGUUUGGAUUUGUAAUUGAAAUUUGAAAGCAGAAGAAAUCGUAUACUUAAUAUCCCAGUGCGUUCCAAGUAAGCUGGUGCUUCCAUGGUACCUUCACGUAAUCUGCACUACGAUAUUGAAAGGGAAGAGUAGAAUUUUUUAAGAAAUUUCGAUACUGGGAAACCUGGUAUUAUGCGCCAAACUACCUUUACCAUUUAUGGUGCAUUGUAUGGAACAUGUUUUCAAUGUAGGAAAAACACAAUAAGCGUGGGAAGUGUAGCAGGAAAUUUGUCUUGUAGUGUAGCAGCAGGAUAAUCGUCGUAAACUUGGACCACUAGAGGGAAUUUGUAUUCAGCACAAUUAAAACGUUUACCUACGGAAAGUGGCGACGAUUUUACUGACGAAUUUUAGGAUAAUACAUAGAUAAUAGUAAUUAUUAUUCAUUGAUAUAGUUUUCAUAUUUAUAAAGCAGAGAAGAAAAUAGCAAUACGAAUAAUGACGUUUAAUCCAAGUAUUAAUGAAAGGCAGCAAAAUAUCGAAGGAAUUAAACAAAUACUAAGUAGUACUUAAUUAAAAAAAGAGAAAGUGUACUUAAAAUGCAGCGAUUAUAUGAAAGACGAUCAUGUAUAUAUUUUUAUUACAAUUGGUGUUUAGAGUUAUCUUUGAUACAUCAAGAAGAUUACACGAUCGAUUUUCAUAACAGCUAUUUGUUAUUUGCAGCUCAGAUGACUAUUUCUUAUAUUAUAAUGAAAAAAAAAGUUUAUCAAACAUUCGAUUCAUGAACUUUCUAAUCCAGUCAUGGAAUUGGCUGAAUUUAAUAAUGGCGAAUUGUAUAUAAUCCAGUGGACGUACUUCAAUAGUGUUAUACUUGCGAGCGACCUUCAUUGAAAAUAAUUGUACAUAAUAAUAGUUAUUAAUGAACUCGAUGAAUAGGGAAGGGAGUUGAGUACCUUAACUGUAAUCUGAUUCAAUUGUUACGGAGACAUAUAAAGAUCGAGUGGCCUUAUUCAAUCAUUCCAAAUAUUUCUUGUAUGAAAAUAUUGAAUAUUCCUUUUAUAAUACAUUCACUCUAUCACGCACGCCUAUUCGUGUAUUAUCUGUUUUUUACACUGCAUAUUUGGAGCGUUGAAGUUUUCGAAUUUUAAACUCAUUUUUAUGAAUGUUACUUGUUGUCUUAUUGAGUCGUAGGUGUUGUACUGUAUUUUAAAAAUUGUAGUCCUAAGAUAAAUUUCAGUAUUUCUUCCGUA